AUAAAAUCAAAGCUGCCAUAUGUUUCCACCCUGAUAGCUAGCAAGAAAUCUGGAUAUAACUUGCAAUGGAUUUUCUCAUUCCCUAUCUGAAGAACCCUGUCACGGUUGGUUUGCUUGCAAUAAUAACCGUUGCCUAUUGUUUGAUCUCAAGGAGUUGGAGAGCUUCCAAGGGAAAAACAGCUCCUGAAGCCAAGGGUGCAUGGCCUAUAGUUGGUCACCUUCCCUUGUUAAACCGGUCGACCGAGCCUCUUCACAAGGCCUUGGGAGCCAUGGCUGACAAGUACGGACCCCUUUUCACCGUCCGGCUCGGGAUGCAGCAAUCUCUGGUGGUGAGUAGUAGUGAAAUUGCUAAAGAAUGUUUUACAAUCAAAGACGCAUGCUUGUCCUCGCGCCCGCAUAUGGCUGUUGUAGAACAUAUUGGCAAUAACGCCAUGUUUGGACUUGCACCAGUCGGACCAUACUGGCGAAAACUGCGUAAGAUUACCACUCUAGAGUUGCUUUCCAACCGCCGGCUAAACCUGCUCAAACAUAUUCGAGUCUCGGAGGUGAGUACCUUCUUGAAAGAAAUGUACAAAACUUGGAGUACUAAGUCAACAAAUCAAAACAAGAGCUCCGACGUUGAUCGAGCGUUGGUGGAGUUAAAACAAUGGUUCGGAGACCUCACUCUGAACGUGAUUCUCAGAAUGGUGGCCGGAAAGCGGUACUCUGUUGCCACUGAUGAGGAAGAGAAGAACGAAUCACGUCGAGUCCAGAAGGCACUGAGGGAGUUCUUUAACUUUGUGGGGCUGCUUAUGGUUGGCGAUGUGAUUCCUAAUCUUCGAUUGUUGGAUUUAGGCGGACAUGAGAAGGCCAUGAAGAAAACCGGAAAAGAGUUGGACGCUAUUGUUGGGAAAUGGGUGGAAGAGCAUAAGCAGAAGAGACUCAAGAGAGCAUUAGAACGCGAUGCGGCUCCUUAUAGUGAAGGGGAGCAAGACUUCAUAGACGUCAUGAUUUCGAUACUUGAAGGUGCAGAUCUCGGCGGUUUUGAUGCAGAUACCAUCAACAAGGCCACAUGCAUGAAUCUGAUUGCAGGAGGCAGCGAUACCACCAUGGUCACCUUGACAUGGGCAAUAGUAUUACUGUUAAACAACCGCCACACGUUGAAAAGAGCCCAAGAUGAACUAGACGCCCAGAUAGGAAGAGAGAGAUUCGUGAGCGAGUCAGAUGUGAGCAAGCUGGUGUAUAUCCAAGCCAUAGUGAAAGAGACGCUUCGGUUAUACCCGGCAGCACCUUUAUCAGCACCUCAUGAAUUCAACGAGGAUUGCACCAUAGGUGGCUACUAUGUCCCAAAAGGCACACGGUUGAUCACAAACCUAUGGAAGAUCCAAACCGACCCAAAGAUGUGGCCGGACGACCCAUUAGGGUUUAGGCCGGAGAGAUUUCUAACCACUCAUAGGGAUGUCGAUGUUGGGGGCCAACAUUUUGAGUUGAUUCCGUUUGGAAGUGGAAGAAGAGCAUGCCCUGGGCUCGCUUUCGGCAUUCAAAUGGUGCAGUUUACGUUGGCUAGCUUCCUGCAUGCAUUCCAAGUUUCAACUCCCUCUGAUGAUGCACCAGUUGAUAUGACUGAGAGUUUAGGGCUCACAAAUGUCAAAGCUACUCCACUUGAAGUUUUCAUCAAACCUCGUUCGUCUCAGAAACUUUAUGAGUGAAAUAAA